AAUAUUGUUUUCUCUUUCUUAUAUACUAUUGCUACAUAGUAUAGUACAUAUUACUCAAGAAUCAUUUAAAAAAAAUGGAAAAAUCACAUGAGAAUGAACAUCCAAUUAAGGCAUUUGGAUGGGCAGCUAGAGACACUUCCGGGGUACUUUCUCCUCUCAAUUUUUCAAGAAGGGUAACUAGUAAAAAAGAUGUGCAGUUCAAAGUUAUGUAUUGUGGAAUUUGCCAUACUGAUCUUCAUCAGAUCAAGAAUGAAUGGGGCAUCACCAAAUAUCCCAUUAUACCUGGGCAUGAAAUUGUUGGAGUGGUAACUGAGGUUGGUAACAAGGUAGACAAGUUCAAAAUCGGAGACAAAAUAGGCGUGGGAUAUGUAGUAGGAUCAUGUCGCGAAUGUGAAAAUUGUGCCAACGAUCUUGAGAAUUACUGUCCCGGUCAGGUAAUGACAGCCAAUGGUACUUACUCUGACGGAACCAUCAGCCACGGAGGUUACUCCGAUCUCAUGGUUGUUGAUGAGCAUUUUGUCGUUCGUUGGCCAGAUAAUUUGCCUAUGGAAGCUGCUCCCCUGUUAUGUGCAGGGGUCACAACUUACAGCCCUUUGAGAUAUUUUGGACUUGACAAGCCUGGAAUGCACAUUGGUAUUGUUGGUCUUGGUGGACUUGGACAUAUGGCUGUAAAAUUCGCCAAGGCGUUUGGAACCAAAGUGACUGUUAUAAGUACAUCUCUUAGUAAGAAAGACGAAGCACUUGAGCGUUUAGGGGCAGACUCAUUUUUGGUUAGUCGUGACCCUGACCAAAUGCAGGCUGCAGGGGGGUCGCUUGAUGGUAUCAUUGACACUGUCUCGGCAGUUCAUCCUAUUUUUCCUUUGCUUAAUUUGUUGAAAACUAAUGGGAAGCUUGUAAUGGUUGGUGCACCAGAAAAACCAUUAGAGUUGCCCGUAUUUCCCUUGCUUUUAGGACGGAAGCUAGUGGCGGGGAGUUCAACAGGAGGGGUGAAAGAGAUGCAAGAAAUGGUAAACUUUGCGGAAAAACAUAACAUAACACCGGAUGUUGAAGUCGUGUCAAUGGAGUACGUGAAUACAGCGUUGGAGCGUCUCGUGAAAUCGGACGUGAAAUAUCGUUUUGUGCUUGACAUUGGCAAUACAAUGAACAAGAGUUAAUAUAGGGACAUCUUGUUCUUGUUGUGUGUUUGUAUUUUAAGCAAGAAAAGAUGGUGUGAGUUCAUGAGGGAAUUACUAAACAUUCCUUUCUACUACUCUUAUGUUCCAUAUUAUAUGAAACGAUAAUAAGUAUGCGUAAUUUAUUUUUAAUAAUAUGUUAAAUUGCAGUGAUGAUGAUGUAAAAAAUCAUUAUACACUAUCAAUGAAUAUACUCUUUUUAUAAUUA